CUAAAGUUGGCCCUCGAUUUAGCUUGAAGGAGCGAUUGAACAACUUUGGUCACUUGCGGGGAUGAUAUGAUCUCAGGAAUAUGAAUCGAGCUGUCUAAAACAAUCUAUUGAUUUUAGCUUUGGAAAAUAGGCUCAGUUUCGUAGUGAUGAGUGCAAUUCAGAAAUGUAUUGGAAUAAAUGACCAAACUACGGGUAACUGUAGCUAGCUACCGGACAGGAGUGCUAGCUAGACACGUUAGCUUACUAGGUUCAUUAAUAGCUUUAGGUUGGUUGUUUUUAAGUUAAACUUCAAGAUUUCCACCAAGGACGUUGCCUCUCCCAUCACCACUCUCCCUCGCUUGGGAGUCCCCCUCCACCCUCCAGGAGUCCCCAGGUCAAUCGCCUCUCCGUACUUUACUGCUGGUUCUGGUCGACUGCAGGAAAACACCGGGGCAGAGUGGAACUGAGAGACUAGAAGAGGAACAUGGAGAUAUGAUUUCAUUAAGGGACAUCCCUUAUCGUUGCUCUCUAAGUGGGAGGGGCUUAUCAUCUGGGGAGCCUCAACAACAUCAUGAUGCUGACAAGAAAGAGAAGAGUCUCUCCAGAUCGAAACACCGGCAUAGAGGUAGAGGGAAGAAACCUCAACACUGCUCUGUCUGUGGGAAGAGUUUUGCUAAACAAGACUUGACUAUUCAUGAGCAAAUUCACCCCGGAGAGAAACCGUUCCACUGCUCUCGGUGCGGGAAGAGUUUCACUGCAUCUAAAACUGUAAAAUCUCACCAGAGAAUUCAUACAGGGGAGAGGCCUUAUCCCUGCUUUAAUUGUGAGAAAUGCUUCAAACAAUCAGGAUUCCAGACUACACAAAAACACACAGGACCGCCUUAUAGCUGUGAUCAGUGUGGGAAGAGAUUCAAUCAAUCAGGAGCCCUGACUAGACACCAACGCAUACACACAGGAGAGAAGCCUUAUAGCUGUGAUCAGUGUGGGAAGAGCUUCAAUCAAUUAGUACACCUGACUAUACACCAACGCAUACACACAGGAGAGAAGCCUUAUAGCUGUGAUCAGUGUGGGAAGAGCUUCAAUCAAUUAGUACACCUGACUAUACACCAACGCAUACACACAGGAGAGAAGCCUUAUUGCUGUGAUCAGUGUGGGAAGAGCUUCAAUGUAUCAGGAAACCUGACUACACAUCAACGCAUACACACAGGAGAGAAGCCUUAUAGCUGUGAUCAGUGUGGGAAGAGCUUCAGUCGAUCAGGAGACCUGACUAUACACCAACGCAUACACACAGGAGAGAAGCCUUAUAGCUGUGAUCAGUGUGGGAAGAGCUUCAAUCAAUUAGUACACCUGACUAUACACCAACGCAUACACACAGGAGAGAAGCCUUAUAGCUGUGAUCAGUGUGAGAAGAGUUUCAGGACGUCAGAUCACCUGACUAACCACCAAUGCAUACACACAGGAGAGAAGCCUUAUAGCUGUGAUCAGUGUGGGAAGAGCUUCAAUCAAUCAGGACACCUGACUAAACACCAAUGCAUACACACAGGACAGAAGCCUUAUAGCUGUGAUCAGUGUGGGAAGAGCUUCAAUCAAUCAGGACACCUGACUAAACACCAACGCAUACACACAGGAGAGAAGCCUUAUAGCUGUGAUCAGUGUGGGAAGAGCUUCAAUCAGUCAGUAAACCUGACUAAACACCAACGCAUACACACAGGAGAGAAGCCUUAUAGCUGUGAUCAGUGUGGGAAGAGCUUCAAUGAAUCAGGAAACCUGACUAAACACCAACGCAUACACACAGGAGAGAAGCCUUAUAGCUGUGAUCAGUGUGGGAAGAGCUUCAAUCAGUCAGUAAAGCUGACUACACACCAACGCAUACACACAGGAGAGAAGCCUUAUAGCUGUGAUCAGUGUGGGAAGAGCUUCAAUCAAUCAGGAAACCUGACUAUACACCAGCGCAUACACACAGGAGAGAAGCCUUAUAGCUGUGAUCAGUGUGGAAAGAGUUUUGCUCUAGAUUUCACCCUGACUGCACACCAGCGAAUACACACUGGAGAGAAACCUUAUUCCUGUCUAUGUGGAAAGAGCUUUGCUCAUUCAGGGUCACUGAAAAAACACCAGGAUGCACAAAUAUGUUGUUUUUUAUCUCCCUCCUCCGGCACCAGUUUCAGAUCUCUAAAUGAAGUUUCAAUAGAAACCAUAUUGUAAAGAGUCAUCCAUCUCCCAUUCGCAUUUUACCUUGGUAAGUCUGAUUACCAAGGUAAAAUGUGUAGCAUGAUAUGCAGCUCUGGAUCCAUAUGUAUCAAGCGUCUUGGAGUAGGAGUUCGGUAUCUUAUUUCAUUAACUCCUAUUGUCCAUUAAAUAAUGUAGAAUAAUGUUUCAACAAUUGUAGGUUCAUAUUAAUGUGUGAGGGAAAUGUUGUCUGAAGAAAGAGCCUUGAAUUGUACAUCUUGUCUCAUACAAUUAUUGGUUCCUGUUGGUGCUGGGUAGAGAUGUGAGGGGAGACGGUCAUGACCCCUCAGACCUUUUGGCAGAAUAUGUUCUAUAAGUUAAGAUGGGAGACAGUGCCAGUCACAUGCAGGAACCAAACGUCAAUGAUGAAUUAAUUAUGAAUAAUGUAAAUCAUGCAAAUAUAACUUGUCUGUGUAAACAGUAUAUAAGAGAACUAACGGGACUGCCCCGAAAGAGCUCCAGACCGUACUCUGGUGUUUUAGGUUUGUUGGAACCCCUCCAGCUUCCUGAUAAUAAAUAAUUAUUCAUUUAAGUUUUA